CAAGCUCCUUCCUAUCGGUUAUCGCCGCUAUUUUGUUAACAACAAAAGAUUUAGCAACAUGUGCGAAGUGGUGGCUUCUCCGGCGGAUCAGCGCAACGUGGAGGUGAAGGCCCGCAUUCCGGGCGGCGUCGAGGGCUUCGGGGAGCGCCUGAUCCUGGCCAGAACGCUGGGCGGCGGCCAGGAGGCGGAGUUGAUCGAGCAGCGGGACGUGUUCUUUGAAUCUCCGCGCGGAGGUCGCCUUAAAUUGCGCUACCUAAAGGCUCCGGCGCGCUCCCAACUGGUCUACUACGAUCGUCCGGAUGUGGCGGGUCCCAAGCUCUCCAAAUUCAACAAAACGGAGGUGGAUGAGCCGGAGGUGCUCGAGAAGAUCCUCCGCCAGUCGAACGGAGUCCUCGGUGUCCUCGCCAAACGGCGGCAUCUGUUCCUUGUGGGCCAGACACGCAUCCACCUGGACGAGGUGCAGGAUCUGGGCCACUUCAUGGAGCUGGAGGUGUGCCUGCGACCGGAACAGAGCCUCCAGGAGGGCCAGAGCAUCGCCGAGAAGCUGUCCCAGGAGCUGGGCAUCCAGGAGCAGGACCUCAUGACCGGCUCCUACUUCGAUGCCCUGCGAAAGGUCAAUCAAUAGUCUCUAAAAAGGCUUUGGAUAACCUAUAUAGUAAUAGAUCCACACCUAAAACAAAGUUACUACAUUGUGAAAUAGAAUUUACAACUAAAAUAAAAUCUAUAAAAUUGAAAU